CUCAUAAUGUCUGUGCCAUAUCUAAUUACUAUCUCAGACAUUCUCCACUACACGACCUUCAUGAAAGAAGUUUGUGGCGAUGCUCCUCGGAAUGAUUGAUCGUCGCUGACGCCAAAUAGUAUCAGGAACACUGGAAGAAUCCAUCGUCAACUUCGCUAUCAUGGCUGGCACUUCUCUAUGCCAUCUUUAGCCUGGCAAUCAAAUUCAGUCCCACCACAAGCGACGACCACAUGGGCUUGUCGGGGACACUGGCCACACUCUACCACACCUAUUCCGGUCAAUGCAUCAUGGGUAUCGGUGCAAACAAAGCCAAUUUACAGACCCUUCAAUCCAUGAUCGCGCGCAGCGUAUUUGGAUUCUCUCACCGUGAGGACUGGGGGGCUGGCCUGAUCCCAGACAUCGGCGCUAUAGUGCGAAUUGCCAUGCGACUAGGCCUGCACCGUGACCCAUCUCAUUUCUCCAAUAUGACACCGUUCCAAGGAGAAAUGCGCCGUCGGAUCUGGAUCACGAUCUCCCAGAUUGACGUACUCUCAUCCUUUCAUCUGGGAAUGCCGGCUGCUAUCCGGAUGGGAGAUUGUGAUACUGAGGAUCCACGCAACCUGCUCGAUACUGACCUUGAGGAAACAAUUUCCGAGUUGCCGCCCUCGCGACCGUUCUCGCAGAAUGUUCCACUGGGGUACAUGCUUAUAAAAAACAAUAUACUAGGCGUCAUGAGGCGGGUUGUUGAAUUCUUGAACUCCAUACACACGGAGCCAUACGAGAGGGUGCUGCAGCUUGAUAAAGGCCUUGUUCAGGUGUAUGCAAUGAUUCCCUCAUAUUUGCGACUCAACAACUGGGAGAAUACGCACAAGGACCCUCCAUAUCUGGUUCUCCAGAAGGUUCAGUUGGACACGCUCUACCACCAGACGGUAUCUGUGCUUCAUCGGCGAUAUCUCCGAAAAGCGAGGACAGAUUCCAAGUUUGCGCUCUCAGAGCAACGAUGCGUUGAUUCCUCAAUGGUAUUACUGAAACAUCAAUCCUCGAUCUACAGGGAGGCUCAACCAGGAGGGUGUCUGAGCUCCAUCUAUGGAUAUACCAUCGCCCCCGAGAGCGUGAACUUUACCCUUGCUGCUAUGGUACUUUGCCUAUAUCUCCAGGACCGAACAAGAAUAAAACGGAGGAAGCUCUUACAUGCAAAUACCAAAGAUCAAGAGAUCUUACGGGCUCUGGACACCUCGCACGCCAUAUGGAAAGAUCUGUCGGACAAGCAUCAUGAGGCGGGCAAAGUAGCACAUGUAUUAGAAAAAAUGCUGGAGUUACUGCGGCCAAGAAUAUCUCUUCAUGACCGAUUAUCGGUCCUUGAACCGGGAGCAGCAUUCAACUGCGAAGAAAGUACCUCUAUUAGUGCUCAAUCUACGAUAAUUUCUGAGCCAGGUUUUUAUAUUAAUACAAACUUCACAGAAAGUGCUAAUAUGGAAAUGAAUGACUUUAAUUGGGAUGCUUGGGACUCGUUUGUUCAAGAUGACAAUUUUGAGACGGCAUAUCUAGGCUUUAUUGACCAAGAAUCCUCCUUGCAGGCGGGGGGUCCCUUAGGCUCUGGCAUUUCCCCAUCCGCUGAAAUGUUCACAACUCCGUGUGCAACAUCUGAGCCAUGGGACCAACAGCCUGAAUCCAUGCUUCAACCGCAGCUCGGGGCAUUCCCUCUGCAACAUAUUUCUGAAUCUUUCCAUCCGUCUCCGUGACCUCCAACCCUCUAACAAGACCUUCAACAUAUUCCUUCACAGGCAUCCCCUGUGGCUUCUUUCCACCAAAACGUUUUCUCAACUCAUCAGCGUGCUCCAGGUCCAAUUCGGUCUCCACGUACGGCGGAAGAAUCUCCACAACACUGAUGGCAGUAUCCUUGAGCUGAUUACGCAAGAUAACGGUAAAAUAAUGUAGCGCCGAUUUCGUUGCGCAGUAGACCGGGAACAUAGUGACCGGAAUCAUCCCCAGGCCUGAGGUGACAAAGGCUA